GCGAAGAUAAAAGGAGAAAAGCUGGGAGAAAAGGACGCCCGAGCGGAAGAAGAAGACAUGUCCGACGCUAAAGGGAGGGAGUUUUAUUUGUCGCGAGUCCAAAAUUUAGAGAGUCAGCUGGAGAGAGCUCAGCAGAAAUAUGAGGAGCUGGUGGUGCAGAAAAACAAGUUCUCCUCCCGGUACAAGUCUUUGCAGGAGGACACCAAAGACAUUACCGAGUAUCUGAAACACUCCUUGAAACAGAAGGAGGAUGAGCUGGCUGACCUGUCGGAGCGUCUGGUUCGUCUCCAGCAAACCAAGGAGCGUCAGAUUGGAUCUUUGGAGCUGCAGCUCAGCCAGCUGCAGCAGGAGUCCGAGGAGAGGAUGGACAAGCUCUGCUCAGAAAACAGGACACUUGCGGAGAAGCUGGCCGCUCUGGAGGAGUUUCGGGAGCAGAGGGAGAAGCUGAUGGGAGACUUGUCGACUCUGGACAGACAGCUGGCUGGUGAGAGGAAGGAGCACAGUACCGCCAUCUACGAGCUGGAGUUGAAAGCCGACCUGGACAAAGACAGGUUGGAGGAGGAGAUGCAGAGGCGCAUGGCAGCGAAGGAGGUGGAGCUCCGGGACCAGUUGGGUCGGCAGAUGCAGGACACGACGGCGCGGGCCAUCCACGAGAACAUGGCGUACCGGGUCCAGCUGGGCCAGCUGUCCGAGCAGAACUGCGCCCUCCUGGGGGAGAACCGUGCAGCAUGCAGCAAGGAGCAGCAACUCCGACUGGAGGUGGAGGUUUUAGAAUCGAUCCUCAAGCAGAUAACCCGCCAGAAUCGCAGCCAGCUGAAGGUGGUGCAGCAGCUCACAGAGAAGUGUAAGCAACAGCAAACGGAGCUAGAGAAUCUUAGCUCCGCCCACGAGGAACACCAGCUGCUCCAGACCAAACACCAGGGCCUCCUGGAUAACAUAGCAACGCUCAGUCAGGACCACAAUUUGACGCUGAAGGAAUGCAGUAAAAGAGGAGUGGAGGUGGAGCGAUUGGGGGUGGAGCUAGAAGCAGAGAGAAAGAGGGGGAGUCAUCUGGAGAGAAUCAUCAAGGAAGCAGCCUCUGCUGUCAAAGAAGCCCUCAAGGUGGUACCAGCGGAGGAGGCCUCUGAGGCCGACGCCAUGGCCCGGAGGAACCGGAUGAUGCAAAGGCUGCUGGCAGUUCUGGACGGGGCAGCCGUGCUGGGAACGGGCCCCACCUUGACCGAUUUUAUCCCCAUGAAGAGUCAAAUAUCGCAGCCACAAUCCUCAGGCCCAGCUGCUGACAGUAAUACAGGGCCGUUGGGGAGGUCUGGUGCUGGUCUGUCCCACUUCCGGACCAGAGGUCUGGGUCUAGUACCACGGCAGACGUCGAACCACUUAACCACCAAAACCACCGACCUGAAGCUCCACAGGUCUGAUGUGUGAAUCUCUGCCAUCUGUUAACGCAGGGUGACUU